AUGGUAUUUCAUCGUUUAAAAUUGCUCAAGAAAAAACAAGAGUUGAUCUAUGGGGCUAGAGAAUUACCUCCAGCAGAUUUCCUGCUCAAAAUUGAAAGUUUUUCUGGAUUAGCAGAGAUGAUCAAUAAUCAGAAGAAGAACAAGUACUAUGAAUCUUGUUCUUUUGAAGCUGGUGGAUUCAAUUGGAGGUUCAGAUUACUUGUACUCCGUGCAAACAGAGUCCACGAAAAGAAGAUUAUUUCCGUAUACUUGGUGCUGGAUGAGUCCAACAAUAUUCUGGCAACUGAUUCGGAUGUAAUUGCCAAUUUCAAGUUUUUUGUAUACGACCAAAUUCGAGAUAAUUAUCUCACAGUUGAAGAUGCUGACAACCGGUACAAGCGAUUCAACAAGCGCGAAACCUGCCAAGGCUUCUCAAACGUGAUUUCUCUGACUAGACUCAAAUGCGCAUCCAACGGGUAUCUAGUGAACGACUCGUGCGUAUUUGGUGUGGAGGUUCAAGUAAUAAAGAAUACCAGAACAGCAGAGUGUUUAUCAGUAAUAGAAAAAGAUAACUUUUCUUGCUCUUGGAAGAUUUCUAACUUUUCUAAGAGGAACGCUCAUCUCUGUGACCCUCAUGGAUUUACAGUUGCAGGGAGGAGUUGGAGGAUUGAGAUUCAUACAAAUUAUAUUCAUGGCUUGCUAUGCAUGAAGCUGAAAUUGGAUGAUACUAGUUACAGAGCCUUGGCAGGACUAAUGAGAUGGCUACGUGGGGAAAAUAAUCAAAGAUUGUUUGCAAUGUGUAGGCUGGGAGUGAAGAACCAACUACACGCAGACCAGGAUCAAUGGUCCUACAAAGGUUGGUGGUUCAAUCCAGAGCCACCUGUGGUACCUUGGGCGUUAAUAAUUGAUAUGAAAGAUUUGCAAGACGAGUCCAAGGGCUUCUUAGUAGACGACGUCUUAAUUGUGGAAGCUGAGAUCGAAUGGAUGUUUGCUAGCACAGACAUCAUUGUGGACGGAAAGAAACUAAAUGACCAAAGUGGCCUAAGAAUUUAACUCAUCAGGAAUUCACUUUUAGUUUGAUUCAUAAGUAUCCAAUAAUGUUAACCAGGAUUGCGUUUCUGCUCCAGUGGAGCAAACCUGUUGUGUAUUCAUAUUUUUACUACUCUAAUGAAGCUAUCUUAUUUUCCGGUGAAUCAAUUGUCACCUCUUCGACAUCAUCACUAUCCUUGAGCACUACUGAUUUGUCAUUUAAGUACAUGACAACUGGCCCUUGAGGGUCUCCAAACACAGUAUUGAAUAUCUGUCAGUGGCAUUCAUCGCAGAAGUAGAAGUAUGUUAAAUGGCCAUGGUUAAGGAGCUUAUGCACCAUGGCUCCUGGUAGAAUCCGCUCUGUAAAAUCAACCAUCAAUGAUGGGACAACCA